AUGGGGAUGGCUCUGGAGAGUGUGUUGGAGGAGGUGCGGAUCCUCUUGGCAGACAAAGUGGUUGUGGGAUGCAGCAUCCAAAGUGACCUUGAAGUCCUUGGAAUGCUCAUCCCAUCAGAUCGGGUAAGGGACAUUCAAAGGGUUUACACCCAAAAGAGAUGUCUCAUGCCUGACCUGAGGGGGCGAGGUCUCCCCGACCACAAAGGCGGCCCAUACAGCUUGAAAGACUUAUCUAAAGCUGUAUUGGGCCUGUCCAUCCAAGAGGGGCCGCACUCAACGUUGCAUGACGCUCUGGCAACAAUGGCAGUGUGGCUCUACUACGAGCUACCAUGCAACAGAGAAUAUGUCCCAUCCCUCCAAUACCUCCCGGAGUCAUGGUCACCAGAGGACUUGGGCGACCUGGAAGACCUCGUACUGGACGACCAGACCACCCUCUCACCAAUAACUCAAUCUCCUCCAACCACCCUCCCACCAACAGCUCCAUCUCCAGCCACCCUCCCACCAACAGCUCCAUCUCCAGCCACCCUCCCACCAACAGCUCCAUCUCCAACCACCCUCCCACCAACAGCUCAAUCUCCAACUACCCUCCCACCAACAGCUCCAUCUCCAGCCACCCUCCCACCAACAGAUCCAUCUCCAGCCACCCUCCCACCAAUAGCCCCGGGACGUGGGAGAGGUCGAGGGCGGCUCCGGCCUCUACUUGUUGUAGGACGUACAUCCCUGCCUCCAAGGGGACGUGGGAGAGGCCGAGCACCCCGGCCUUCAACAGCUCCAGGAAGGGAACGUGGGAAAGUCAGUGAUAUGUGAGCGGGGUUAUAAUAGGGCUCCUGGCGAAUUUCCUCGACAACUAAAAAGUAACGAGAUGAAGACCGUUCCUCAAAUGUGUCUUGGAAACCGGUCGAAUGAAACGAAUCUACGCAAAACAUACACUAACUAAUUACUAUUAUUUGAACGAAACGUUCUUGAAAACAAAACACUAAUUGUAACUGUUGUUAUUAAUGCUCACCUGUCACUUUCACUUGCUUUUUUGCAAUUAUUUUACUGUCUAUAGUCCUAAUGGGCAUGCACAAAACUAUACUUAUAACAAUAAGCUACCAUUUCUUAUUUUAAUAACUUGCGUUGAAAACAUA